UCGCAAGUCGACAAAAUGUUGGGUGUGGCUGCUAUCGUCUUGUCUGUACUCGGUUUGACCCGCGAGGUGUCAUGUGCCGUCACAAACUUGGACAACCAGUACAUUGUCGAAUAUGCAAAUGGCAUUGUCCCCCGCGACCUGCCUAAUGACGGCUCUGUAAAGGUGGUCAAGACGCUCGACUCGCCCGGGAUUUUCACCGGCGCCGUCAUCGAGGCCACCAGCAAAGAGGAGGCAUCCAGCUUUGCGUCGACCAGCAGCGCCGUCAACAUUUGGCCCAACCAGCGCAUCGAGCUCGACCAGCCUCUGGACCAACGCUCCUUUUCCGAUGACGUCGCGGUCGGAGAUUACUCGGUGCACUCCGCCACUGGUGUCGACCGGCUGCACGCCGAGGGCAUCCUGGGCGAGGGAGUCAAGGUUGCCGUCGUCGACACUGGCGUCUGGUACCCGCAUCCCGCACUCGGAGGUGGCUUCGGCCCCGGUUUCAAGGUCGCCGGUGGUUGGGAUUUUGUAGGCGAUGCCGGGAUUGACGACACCCCCCGUCCUGACGAUGACCCUCUUGACACCCCGAGCCUCGGCCAUGGCACUCACGUCGCAGGGAUCGUGGCGGGCUCCAGUGACAAGUUUGUCGGCGUGGCUCCAAACGCCACCCUCCUCGCUUACAAGAUUAUGGCAACUGAAGCUGGCACCACGACAGACAUCAUCAUGGAGGCCUGGCUGCGCGCAUACAGCGAUGGCGCCGACAUCAUCACCAUGAGCAUCAGUGGUCUGACGGGAUGGACCGAUAACCCUUUGGCAGUCUUGGCAGCACGCCUCGUCGGCCAAGGCGUAGUUAUGACUGUGUCUGCUGGAAACAACGGUGCCGAUGGCCCCUUUUAUGCAGGAGAUUCCAACACCAGCCCGGACCUCUUGUCGAUCGCAUCCGUCGGAGCAACCACUCAAGCGGCUACACCCUACCGCUUGACCAUGACAACUAGGGAUGGCGUUUCCAACACCACCAAGUCUGGAUACCUCCCGGCGGCUGACAAUUUCCCUGCCGAGGUCAACGGCUGGCCGGUCGUGGCGCUCAACUUCAACACCAGCAACACCGACGAUGCCUGCAACCCAUACCCAGCGGGAACCGCCAACCUGACGGGAGCCGUGGCCCUCGUCCGCCGCACGGCCGGCUGCAGCUUUGUGACAAAACAGAUAAACCUGGAGGCCCUGGGCGCCAAGUACGUGCUAGUUUACAACGACGACCGGCCCAUCGUCACCCCGGGCUCUUCGGACCCAGGCAGUCUUUUGGGUAUGAUCACAGCCGAGGCCGGACACGCCAUCAUCAACGCCCUCGUCGCCGGCUCCAACGUAACUGCCGAUUUUUCCGUGCACCAAGGAGACGCCCUCUUGGCAGGGAUCCCAGACUUGCAGGCGGGAGGAAAGCCCAGCACCUUUAGCAGCUGGGCCUCGACUUACGAUCUGCAGCUCAAGCCCGACGUCGCCGCACCCGGCGGCAACAUCUUCAGCACCUGGCCCAACAACACCUACAUGGUCCAGAGCGGCACGUCCAUGGCCACACCUUACAUCGCCGGUAUUGCUGCUCUGUACAUUAGCGCAUUCGGCGGCCGCGACAAGCACGGAGCGGGACUCGCCGCCGAGCUGACCAAGCGGAUCGCAAGCGCGGGCUCGACGCUUCCGUGGUACGACGGCACCACCACCAGCUCGGAUUUCCUCGCGUCCCCGGUGCAGAUGGGCAGCGGGCUCAUCAACGCCACGAGGGUGCUGCACGGCGCCACGACCCUGGACACGACCAAGCUCAACCUCAACGACACGGCCAACUUCCAGGGCUCGCACGACGUCACCAUCACCAACAACGGUGCUGCUACCGUGUCGUACAGCUUUUCGCUCGAGCCGGCGGCCGGGUUCGAGAUCCUUCAGCUCAACAACGUCGUCGUUAACAGCUGGGGCAUCACGCAAUUCACAAACCUGGUGCCCAAGCAGUUGGUGCCUGAUGUGCAGCUCCCGGAGCAGUUUAGCCUCGGGCCCGGGGAGUCUAAAAAGGUCACAGUGACGUUUGACAACCCCGAGACAAAGGGGUGGAACGACACGGUGGUCCCGACGUACAGCGGCAAGGUUCUUGUGGCUGGUGAUAAUGGUGACCAGCUGUCGCUGCCGUAUAUGGGUAUCGCAUCCAGCAUGUAUCAGAACGUCAAGGCCUUUAGAAAGAACUAUCCACUGGCUUUCUCGGGUGACUCGACAUGGUAUUCCAUCGACGAAAAGCCAUACUUCAACUUCAAUCUUACAAAGGGAGGCCGUCAAUUUCCCUGGAUACACACCUCAUUCACCUGGGGCGUGAGGGAACUCCGAUGGGACAUCUUCCAAUCCAACUGGUCCGAGUCGGAAUGGACCUACCCUCUGACUCCAGGCGCCAACGGCUUCGUCAACGCCGUGAGCCACUACACGGGCCCGUCUCUGAGUAGCGAGGGCGACUUUGGCGCCCCGCCGUACAACCUGUCGGAUCCCUAUUACAGCAACCAGAUGGAGCCGUUCCCUUUGAAGUUCCUAACCCGCCUCAGCACCUAUAACCCUAACGAGAAGAAGUAUUGGUGGAUGGGCAAGAUGGCCAACGGCAGCCAGAUUGCGCCUGGUAACUACACUAUGCGUGUGGCUGCUUCCAGGCCGUUUGGAGACCUCACCAAGGUAGAUGGAUGGGAGGUCUGGAGGAGAGAGAUCGAAGUGCUGCCAUUGGUCUAGGCAGUACUUGUCUUUGCUGGUAGUUAGACAUUCUACCGCUUGAAUAAUGAUCAUAAUUAAUAUAACGUACU